AUGGCUUCAAGUGACAAGACACCGACUCCGAACCCGGCCUUCCAGGGCGACCAUCCGACGCCGCCGGGAAAGCCGAUGACGAUGGGGCAACACGUGUUGGACAAAGGAGCGGAGAUGAUGCAGUCCCUGAAGCCGGUGAACCAGAUGAGCCAGCACGUGUGCACCUUCGCCCUCUACAGCCACGACAUGACACGUCAGAUCGAGACCCACCACUACGUCACCCGCCUCAACCAGGACUUCCUCCAGUGCGCCGUCUACGACUCCGACGACUCCCACGCCCGACUGAUCGGUGUGGAGUAUGUGGUGUCUGAUAGGAUAUUUGAGACUCUGCCUCCGGAUGAGCAAAAGCUGUGGCAUUCCCAUGCUUAUGAGAUCAAAGCAGGCCUCUGGGUCAACCCUCGGAUCCCCGAUAUAAUUGGCCAGCCUGAGCUCAAUAAUUUGACCAAAACUUAUGGCAAAUUCUGGUGCACAUGGCAGGUUGAUCGAGGUGAUCGGCUUCCACUGGGGGCGCCGGCGCUGAUGAUGUCGCCCCAAGCGGUGAACUUGGGGAUGGUGAAGCCGGAGCUGGUGCAGAAGAGGGAUGACAAGUACAACAUAUCAACGGAUGCUUUGAGGGUGUCGAGGGUGGAGAUAGCCGAGCCGGAGUGGAGUAAUCCGCAGGCGGAUUACUGGAAGCAGCAUGGCAAGGGUUUCGUCGUUGACGUCAAGCAUUUGAGCAAGAUUAGGAACAUUAAUUACUUUGUGGAUAUCCAAGCACCUAUUUUGAGCAAGAUUAGGAACAUCUAUUUUGUCAUUUAUUAUCGAAGUGAAUUGACUGCUUCUUUCACUUCAGUUUGA